CGGACCCAGGGUUCAGCAGUUGAAGCGGGAUUUAGCAGAGUGCAAACAGAAGAACCUUUCCGUGAUGGAAUAUUAUGGGAAAAUGAAGAAGCUAUGGGAUGAUCUUGCAUAUUUAGAACAAUUCCCAGUCUGCACGUGUAGGAAUUGCACGUGCAACUUGCAGGAGAAGCUAGCGCAAAUGCGUGAGAAGGAACAUUCUCAUCAAUUUCUGAUGGGAUUGAAUGAUGAGUUGUAUGGGACUUUGCGGUCGAAGUUGCUUGCCCAAGAAACCAUACCACUUGUGGCAAGAAUAUACAAUAUUCUUGUCCAAGAUGAAAUAUCACGCAAUGGGAUGCACAAAGGAGAAAGCAAGGAGGCAGGUGCGUCUGUGUUUGCUGUGAAGAACAAGAUGGAGGCCAAGGAGCUUGUGUGCUGUCACUGUGGCAAAGGAGGACAUGAUGUUGAGGGAUGCUACAAGCUCAUUGGAUACCCGGAGGGAUGGAUAUUUCGAGACCAGGCUGGAAGAGGAAGAGGGAACAACCGUGGGAGAGGAAACUUCUGCAGUCCAGGAAGAGAAGCGGGACGGUCGACCGUGGGUGCUGGACGGUCGACCGUCACGGGCGGCCGAAGUGAAGUACAUGCAGUGCAGGGCGAAGGGCCGUCUCCAUUGCCCAAUUUUGAAGAUUUGACGUCUGAACAGUGGAAUGCUGUUCGUCAUGCUCUCUCACUCUCUUCCGCCGAUAAUUCUCAAAAACUUUCAGGUGAAACACCCAGAGAGGAUGCAUUAAGGAGCAACUCAGCCACCGAUUACUUUGAAGAUGCUGAGGAACUAUCCACGGAGGACCAUCUAGACUGUUCCUGGAGGAACGGUCGCCCGCCGGGCAAUGGAGAUGCAGAAGAGCUACAGACGGUCGACCUAGUGGACCGUGCCGAUGACCACGGUCUGUUAGACAAGUGUGCAACUCUAGAGGGGGGGUGAAUAGAGUUGUUUUCAAGAAUGUGCGUUUUUCGCGUGUGUGAAGCAAUAAAAUCGCAGGAAUAAAUAAAGAGAGUAAGG